AUGGCCACUCAAGAGCUUAAGAAGUUACGUACAGCGCGAGGCUAUACAAAAGCUUCCAUUACUCGCCUGUAUACAUUUUGUAAUAAUGACAGUGAUGUAGCUAGCAGUGCUUUAUCGGCGCUCGAUGCCAAAAGAGCGAGGGUGACGGAGCUCUUCAAAGAAUAUGACAAAUAUAACAAAGAAAUUCUGUCUUUGGACGAAGAGGAUGCAGAGGAUGUUGAAGACUUUGAGGAUAAAUAUUAUCAUGUACUGACAGUCCUCAACGAGGCAAUUAGUCGUAAAUCCUCGCCCUUGUCUGAAUCUCCUGCCGCCGCAUCAUGUCAAAAUAACUUUAAGGCUAAGUUGCCUACUAUAAAGAUAGAUGUGUUUACGGAUUCGUACACGUCACGGGCGUACCAGUUGGAGCGAGAUGACACCAAGGACCCAACUAUCACCGAGUUCCUCUUGUACCUGGAGAAGCGAGCCUUGGCACUGGAGAAUGCUGAGCCGUCCACGUCGGGGAAGUCUCAACACAAGGCUGUGGUAAAUGUGACAGCGACCGCCUCGACUGCCUGCAACUAUUGUAAGUCCAAUCACAGAUUAUUUGAUUGUAGCAAAUUUAAAAUGCUGACUAGCACUGAAAGAAUAGCUUUCAGCAAGAACAACAGUCUGUGCUCUGUUUGUCUUAACAAACACAAAGGUAAAUGCCGCUUUCAUUUCCGGUGUAGUACUUGUAAAGAAGCUCAUAAUAGCUUACUGCAUCCGGAUUCCUCGGCUAACCAACCCCAAGUAUCUUUGAUUUCAAACUUGGGGCAAAAUGGAGUGUUGUUACCUACAGUCAAAGUUAAGCUAUAUUCGCGGACAGGUAGUGAGGUUCAUGUGAAAGCUCUCUUAGAUUGUUGUUCACAAGGUUCUUUGGUGACCACUAAAUUAAUAAAGAUUUUAGGAUUGACCCCAAGCAAGGAAAACACCAAUAUAAUUGGUGUCAAAGAGUUGACUACUGACACACAGUAUUCUAUACCUUUAGAUGUGUACUCAUUGACCAGACCUUACCGAGUCACAGCGAACUGUAAUGUCAUGGAUAAAAUUACAUGUAAGCUUCCACAAGACAAGCUUAAUCUAGACGCUAUCAAUAUACCUGAUGGGAUCACUUUGUCUGAUAUUGAUUUCCAUCAGCCGUCUGAGAUCAAUUUACUAUUAGGCGGGGACAUAUUUUUCCAGGUCCUGCUUCUGGAGCCGGUCCCUGGGCAGCAGCAGGAGUCAGAUGAAGACCCAGCGAGUCCUCAUCCUACAAUUGUAAAUACUAAGCUUGGCUACAUCAUCGGUGGUGCUUUAUCACGACAGCAAACCAGUGACAAAAAAUGAAGGCUCAGUGUGCGAAACAGCUGAUGGGUUCUUUGCCACCUGAAAGGGUCACAGCCUGCCGAGCAUUCCAGAAAGUCGGCAUCGACUUUGCAGGUCCCAUAACAGUGAAGAAUUCUCGCGUAAGAAGAGCUUUACAGACAAAAGGCUACAUAUGCGUUUUUGUUUGUUUUGUGACUAAAGCCAUACAUCUGGAGCUCUCUUCGGACUUGACCACUGACGCUUUCCUUGCAUGUUUCAAGCGAUUUAUAGCUCGCAGA